AUGAGUACCGCUGACUCCGUCAUCAUCGAACUUCCAGGAGGAAAGAUCACCGCAACGUCAAAUGGAACUCUGAUAAGAGCACGCGGAUGUCGCUACGCAUCUGCAUCCCGUUUCCAACGUCCGAACCCAGUCGAUAAGUGGGAUGAAGUCGCCGACUGUACCAAGCCUUCACCGAUUUGUCCGCAAGAUGUGCCCUCUGAGCUGGACUUCAUCACGGGCCCUAUCACAUCCGGACGUGAACAGAGCGAAGAUUGUCUUCAUCUCUCGGUCACAACAACCACUGAUGCACUAUCCAAUGGUCGCAAGCGUCCGGUGAUGGUGUAUCUACACGGAGGCGCCUACGUCUCAGGCGGUGCCGACCUGGAUUGCUAUGAACCAUCUGGUCUGGUGGAGCGUGGCGUGGUUGGCGUGAACGUUUCCUAUCGACUGGGGAUUUUCGGUUUCCAACCCAUCCCGGGCGUCGCCCCGGCGAACCUCGGUCUGAUGGACCAGAUCGAGGCUCUUCGAUGGAUUCAGAGGAACAUAUCAGCCUUCGGCGGAGACCCGGACAACGUCACAAUCUUCGGGCAGUCUGCGGGAGCGGCUUCCAUUCACUGCCUCAUGAUAGCCGACGGAGCCGAGGGCUUGUUUCACCGGGCGAUCCUGCAAAGCCCGCCUCUUGAGCACUGGACGCCCGAACGCGAGAACAUGGUCAAAGACUUGGGUGGUUUGGCCUGGGACGAAGUGCACCUCGACACGGGCACCAAGACGUCGGGAGAGAUGUUGGCACUCCAGCAGCAGCUGUUUCUCGUGGCUGCGUCGUACGGUUCGGCACACGCGCCGUUCAAACCACUUAUGGGACAUGAACCGCUCCCAAACCAAGACGAUGUAGCUGGGAGAAUUCGCCAUGCUGCAAAGCGAGUGCCUAUCAUGAUCGGAUACACGAAGAAUGAAGGGGUUCCAUUCGUGAGGUUGAAUAAAAGCUUACGUCCGUGGAUCGCCGUCGCCUUCAUUGGGUGGCUCAUCGAGUGGAUAGCAGCGUGGUUCGUCGGCAAGGUCUUCAAGUGGCUUAUCGACGGCUUUCAUGAAGAGUAUCGCCAAGCGGGAGGGAGAUCAAUCCUGUACCGCUUCAACUGGCGCCCCUCUCAUAGCUCACUGAGAGCACCUCACUGCAUUGAGCUGCCGUUUCUUCUCGGUUCCUGGUCAGCAUGGAAAGCUGCUCCGAUGAUAGGAGGCAAUAGCUCUAGAGAUACAGUAGAGGAGUUGGGGGCUAGAAUGAAAAGCAUGUGGGUAGACUUUGCGAGGGGAGAUAUGGACAAGGGUGCACAGCACUUCACUAUCAAAGGGGAUGAGGAUUAUUGGGAAGUUGUUCUUCGCUGA